AUGAACGACCUUCUGUCGACGACGUCCUUCAAGAAGUACACGAACCUGCGGGAGCAGGUGCAGAUGGACCAGGUGGAAGCGGGCAUGGAGGCGGCGGAGGCGGGUGCCAACCUGACCUCGUUCUUCCAGGAAGUGGAGGGCGUCAAGAAGGACCUGCGUGGCCUGGAGGCACUGUACCGGCGACUGCAGGAGGCCAACGAGGAGAGCAAGACGGCGCACAGCGCGAAGGCCAUGAAGGAGGUGCGCGCGCGGAUGGACGCGGACACCGGGCAAGUGCUCCGGGCGGCCAAGGCGGUGAAAGCGAAGCUGGAGGCGCUGGAGAAGUCGAACGCGCAGCACCGGUUGGUGCCCGGCUGCGGGCCGGGGUCCUCCGCCGACCGGACGCGGACAUCGGUGGUCGUCGGGCUCGGUUCCAAGCUCAAGGAUCUGAUGGACAGCUUCCAGGGCCUGCGCGCCCGCAUCGCCGCCGAGUACAAGGAAACCGUCGGGCGGCGGUACUUCACCGUGACGGGGCAGCAGCCCGACGAGGAGACGGUGGAGAACCUCAUCUCCUCCGGCGCGAGCGAGACGUUCCUGCAGAAGGCGAUCCAGGAGCAGGGCCGCGGGCAGGUGAUGGACACCAUCUCGGAGAUCCAGGAGCGGCACGACGCCGUCAAGGAGAUCGAGCGCAGCCUGCUCGACCUGCACCAGGUCUUCCUCGACAUGGCGGCGCUGGUGGAGGCGCAGGGCCACCAGCUCAACGACAUCGAGAGCCACGUCGCCCACGCCAGCUCCUUCGUCCGGAGGGGCACGGUGGAGCUCGAGACGGCCAGGGAAUACCAGCAGAGCUCCCGCAAGUGGGUCUGCAUCGGCAUCAUCGCGGCCGUCGUCCUCAUCAUCAUCCUCUUGCUCCCGCUUCUGCCCACCAUUCUUACCCUGCUUAGAUAG